AUGACUCGGACUCUCUCCAUCAUCUGCUUGCUCUCGCUGAUACACAACAGCCUCUCCGCCGACUCGGAGGAGCGACUCAUGAACUUCCUGCUGGGAAAGGAUCGCUACAAUCCGCUCAUCCGGCCGGCCACGAACAGGACAGAGAGAGUCACCGUGAAGCUGCAAGUGUCGCUGGCACAGCUCAUCAGUGUGAACGAAAGAGAGCAGAUCAUGACCACGAAUCUCUGGCUCACUCAGCACUGGGUGGAUUACAGGUUGUCUUGGGACCCUGCGAAGUACGAAGGCAUUGAUAAGCUCCGUAUUCCCUCGAGACACAUCUGGCUCCCGGAUAUUGUCCUGUACAACAACGCGGAUGGGACCUACGAAGUGACGGUUUACACCAACGCCAUUGUUCUUUACAACGGCAGCGUCAACUGGCUUCCGCCGGCCAUCUACAAAAGCUCGUGCAAGAUCGAGGUCAAACACUUCCCCUUCGACCAGCAGAACUGCACGCUCAACUUCCGCUCCUGGACCUAUGACCACACCGAGAUUGACCUCCUCCUGAAGACGGAAAUGGCCAGCAUGGACGAUUUCACACCAAGCGGAGAGUGGGACAUCAUAUCGCUGCCCGGCCGACGAACUGUCAACCCUCUGGAUUCCACCUACGUGGACCUGACUUACGACUUCAUCAUCAAGCGGAAGCCGCUCUUCUACACCAUCAACCUCAUCAUCCCCUGUGUCCUCAUCACCUCCCUUGCCAUCCUGGUCUUUUAUCUCCCGUCUGACUGCGGGGAGAAGAUGACCCUCUGUAUUUCCGUGCUCCUUGCCCUCACUGUGUUCCUGCUGAUGAUCUCAAAGAUCGUUCCCCCAACCUCACAUGAUGUCCCCCUUAUGGGCAAGUACCUCAUGUUCACCAUGGUGUUGGUGACCUUCUCCAUCAUCACCAGUGUUUGCGUGCUCAACGUCCACCACCGCUCCCCCAGCACUCACACCAUGCCCGGCUGGGUCAAGCUUCUCUUUCUUGUCAAACUUCCAUCCUUGCUUUUCAUGAGACGACCUCACAACAACCCCUCACGUCAGCGGCUACGGCAGCAGCAGUGCCUCAGUGCAAGGAAGGCGAUACUGGGCUUAGGGUACCCGACAGCCCCAAAAGCAAAUAUCUCCAAGUCCACUUCUGUUUUGCUCUCCUCGGACUCGGCCUUUUCGACCCCAGGACACAAAAACGCGGCGCCUCCACUCGCUAUCUUCAGCCACAGGAAGACAGAUUUGCACACCACUGGAUUUUCUUCAACUCAAGACCUUCAUCAAAGGGUCAGUUCAGAGUGGGCUGCUGAUCUCCACGAGGCUGUGAAAGGAGUGCGAUUCGUGGCCGACCACAUGAUGGAAGAUGAUGAUGAUCAAAGUGUGAUUGAAGACUGGAAGUACGUCGCCAUGGUGGUGGAUCGGAUGUUCCUCUGGAUCUUCAUAAUCGUGUGCGUGGUGGGAACAUUUGGACUCUUCAUCCAGCCCGUCUUCCAGAGUCAGACUGUCCCGAAUCAGGAGCCAAGUUCGGACACCCCUCGAAUUUGA